UAAGCGUUUCGAUCUAUACUUCGGAAGCAGCUGACAGUGUGUGGUAAUGUGCUGACUGGCACUAUGGGCAGGCGGUACCCGGGGGCUCACUAUCGGCCAAGCAGCUCAUAUUUCAAAUUAUAAUCUAUUUCCUGAUGCAUUGCUGACGCCCCGUGAGCCAUGUCAGAAGUACUUCCAGUCGAUUCUGGUGUGGACGCGUUGGCAGUGUUUAUGGCAAGCGGCAGCACGACGGACGUUGUGAACCGCAACAGCCCUGCCACCCCGCCGAACACCCUUAACCUGCGCUCCUCUCAUAACGAACUUCUGAAUGCAGAAAUUAGGCACACGGAGACAAAGAACAGCACUCCUCCAAAAUGCAGGAAGAAAUAUGCACUGACUAACAUUCAGACAGCCAUGGGUCUUUCCGAUCCGGCAGCACAGCCCCUUCUGGGGAACAACUCUGCCAAUAUAAAGCUGGUGAAGAAUGGAGAAAACCAGCUCCGGAAAGCUGCUGAGCAGGGACAGCAGGAUCCCAACAAAAACCUCAGUACCACUGCGGGCAUAAACGUAACUUCUGAGAAGUUUGAAGGCAAAGAGCCAAUCCCGCAGGAUUCCUCUGGCUGUGAAAUACUACCCUCGCAGCCAAGGAGGACCAAGAGCUUCCUAAAUUACUAUGCAGAUCUAGAGACAUCUGCUAGAGAGCUAGAGCAGAGUUUUGUUGCAAUGGAAGAUAAAUCUGCACAAAGCAACAGCCAGGCUUCUACAAUUAUUGUCAAUGGGGAAGUCCUGCCCCGGAAACAAAACAAGCUGUCAAGCCCAGAGGAUGGCCAAGUUGCAACAGUAUCGUCAAGCCCUGAGACUAAGAAAGACCACCCGAAAACUGGGGCUAAAACAGAUUGUGCCCUCCAUAGGAUUCAAAACCUGGCCCCAAGCGAUGAGGACUCCAGCUGGACUACGCUGUCCCAGGACAGCGCCUCGCCAAGCUCACCUGAUGAAACAG